UUCCCAAUUCAACGAAAGAGUCCACCACCUGCGACCUUACCAAACAUCUUUUUGUUUUGUCAUGAUGAAAAUAGUUGACCCGGAUCUCGACCGUCCAUACAGAACCCACCAACGGUACAGAUUUCGCAACAAAACUCCCAUAUGUAAAGACCACAGCAAACCCCGUGGAUCUACUCUUUCCUCCUGGCCAUUUGUCACACCAGACUCAUACAUCAAACAAAUCCAACACAGACUGAGAGCAAGUAUGGCGAACCAAGUCGCGGACCACCUCGAGCCAUGGCGCGACCUCCACGGCAAGGUCGUCAUGGUCACCGGCGCUUCGUCUGGCCUCGGCCGCGAGUUCUGCUUGGACUUGGCUAAAGCCGGAUGCAGGAUCGUAGCGGCGGCUCGCCGCAUCGACCGCCUUCAAUCCGUCUGUGAUGAAAUCAACCAGCUAACCAUUACCGCGCCUUCUUCAUCUUCUUCAUCUUCUUCUGUGAAUGGGCCUGGAAGCUCCAGGGCCGUGGCUGUGGAGCUCGAUGUCAGCGCCGACGGGCCAGCUAUUGAGAAGUCUGUAAACAAGGCUUGGGACGCGUUUGGGCGCAUCGAUGCCCUCGUUAACAAUGCCGGUAUUAGAGGUAAUGUGAGUUCCGCACUCAAAUUGUCUGAGGAGGAAUGGAAUAAUGUUUUCAAGACAAAUUUGACAGGGACCUGGUUGGUGUCAAAAUAUGUUGCUAUACACAUGCGCGACGCUGAUCAGGGAGGAUCAAUCAUCAAUAUAUCUUCCAUUGCAGGUCUUCAUCGUGGACAUUUGCCUGGAGGUGUAGCAUACAAUUGUUCAAAGAUUGGUGUAAACACUUUGGCAAAGGUUAUGGCUAUGGAAUUGGGGGUACACAAAAUCAGAGUGAAUGCAAUAUCGCCGGGACUUUUCAGAUCUGAAAUCACGGAGGGUCUUAUGAAAAAAGACUGGCUACACAAUGUGGCUAUGAAAACUGUCCCCUUAAGAACUUUUGGCACUUCGGAUCCAGCAUUGACAUCACUAGUUCGUUAUUUAGUACACGACUCUUCUGAAUAUGUCUCAGGCAAUGUCUACAUUGUUGAUGCAGGAGCCACCUUGCCAGGUGUCCCUAUUUUCUCUGCCCUUUGAGAUUUUAUGUAGAUUAUACUCAUGAGGAGCAGAAACGAGUACAGAAGCAAAUAAACGUAGGAAGAAUGGAUAUGGUACCAGCCCUACAAGUUCAAGAUUCAAGAAUAAUAGAAUGUCUAUCGGAAGUAGUUUGGUCGACUUCGUGUUAGAUUUUUUAUGUGCUUAUUGUGUAUCUCAAUAUAACAGAACUUUGUUAGGGUGUUGGGGCGGAAAUUUCGGGUCCUCCAACAAGUGAUCUUGUAAUCAAUGUUGCAAAGCUGGACACUUUUUCGCUUGCCAACAAUAAGGAAAAAAGGGACUACUUGCAAGAAAACACUCUGACACUCGAGCUAGUGAGUGUUCAAGUAGAUGGUAGUAGAACAGUAAUAAUGUCAUUUUAAGUAUUGGCUCUAUGUUCCAUGUUCCUUGUUUUUCUCUUA